AGUGCCUGGUCUGCCGGAAAGGAACAGAAGAAGAAGAAGUUGUCAUCCCAAGUGAGCAUGAUUAGUUGUGUUGCUCGCUCCAACACAGAUGCUGUGAAACAGCAAGUUGUUCCUAAAUGUCUGCUCGGGUACUGCUGCUACAUAUUUCAGACUUGCUGUAUGAAGUUCGACACUUUGGUCCCUGUGUGGCUCCUACCAGCAGAUGGCAGCAGGUACCAGGUUUCUCUGUGCCGUGACCUUGCCCUGCAGCGAGAGGGUCAAGCAACCAACCACUUCCCUCGGAACAAAAACACACAUGCACAGAGAGGAACAUUCACUGCGUCUGUGCCGCACACUGUCAGGACCAGAUAGAGGCAAAGAAAGACCGCUGAAAAACCAGGCAGCAGCUGCACAAGUGGAGAAGAAGGUGAAUCAGCAGUUUAUUCCAGUUAAUAUUUCUGCAUUCACACGGAGACAAACGCAUCUGUCACUGUCUCCUGUUGCAGUGAAAACACUUUCAGCGUCGCCAGGAAGCUUAAAUUAGCUGACAUUAACAUACAGUGUCUGUUGGGGCGAGUAGUGUUAGUGUUAAAACGAGGCGUCAAGGACAAUUUGCUCAAGUGCAGAGUGGACAUAGCUGUGGACAGUGAUGGAGACUAUGGUGUGUCCGAUGGGUGGAGGGGCCACCAGGCUGUACAGCGCCCUGACUCAGACCCUGAGAAGCAGCUCCCCUCUCCCCCUCCCACCGUCCCAUCUGGACCCCCACCAGCCUGCGGACGUAAACCUGGAUCCAGAUUUCUGCCAGCAGAUCAAGGUGUCCGAUCCAGUGGAGCUGCUUCGACAGUGCGAGGAAGCCCUCAGAGACAGACCACCUCGCUUCCACAGGAAGUUCACUCACCUCGGUGAUGGAGACAGCGCCCCCAGCAGCACCAUCAGGGUGAUGCAGUGGAACAUAUUGGCCCAAGCUCUGGGCGAAGGACUUGACAGUUUUGUCCAGUGUCCCCUGGAGGCCCUCAGCUGGACCCGCAGGAAGUACCUCAUCUUAGAGGAGAUCCUCACAUAUCGACCUCAAAUCCUGUGUCUGCAGGAAGUCGACCACUACUAUGACACCCUCCAGCCGGUUCUGGCAGGCCUGGGUUACAGCAGCAACUUUUGUCCUAAACCCUGGUCCCCGUGCCUGGAUGUGGAGGGCAACAACGGCCCCGACGGCUGCGCGCUGUUCUUCGAUCAGUCGCAAUACGAGUUCCUGGAUAGCGUGAGCAUACGCCUCUCUGCCAUGAGGAUUCCAACCAAUCAGGUUGCUGUAGUGACGAUGCUACGUUGUCGGAGCACAGGGAGAUGCGUGUGCGUGUGCGUGACCCACCUGAAGGCUCGUUCUGGCUGGGAGUGGCUCCGCAGCGCCCAGGGCGCCGACCUCCUGCGGCACCUGCAGAACCUGGUCCAGAAACACGCCGGUGAGCCCACAGGCGCCCCUAGCACCGACAUUUCUCUGCUCAUAUGUGGUGAUUUCAACGCAGUCCCAACUGAGGAGGUCUACAGACGUUUCACCGGGUCGCCUCUCGGUUUGGACUCGGCCUAUAAGAAACUCAGCCAAGACGGUUUGACCGAGCCGGAGUACACGACAUGGAAGAUUCGACCUACGGGGGAAUGCUGUACCACUUUGGACUACAUCUGGUACAGUCAGGACACACUGAGAGUGGACGCAGUUUUGGACAUGCCCACCGAGGAACAGAUUGGGCCGAACAGGCUUCCGUCAUUUAGCUAUCCGUCCGACCAUCUUUCUCUGGUUUGUGACUUCAGCUUUAAGGAGAAGGAGUGAGCAGGAACUGAUGGACCAGCACACAGGAAGCGACGACGAUGUGAAGAGGCUGUCGAGAGCGUCUCCUGCUUGGCUUCACUCAACAAGAAGGCGUGCAGAUGAGACGUAACGUGUGAGUGAAACCGAGAGGAGGCCGAGAAACCAGAAGGGGAAGUUACUGUGACCGGACUGAACAGUCAGAUGACUCUUGACGCAAAAGUUGCAGUGGUACUCCUGCAACAACAUAAUCUGCUUCCCCAAAGUCUAACACUGUGCGAUUGUGUUUUCUGCAGCAGGUUACUUUCCUGUGUUCGAACACAAACUGCACAGUGACACUAAUGACUGAGAAUGAAACAUGUUUGUUUUUAUCCUAAAAUCGAUGUUUCAUUAAAACUGUAGUAAAUGUUGUGCUUCCCACUGCCAUUAUACCUGAGAAUAAGUGUUCUUGCUGUACAUGUGAGGUUUAACAACUGUUGCUUUUGGAGUAUAUAAUGUGUUUACGCUCUCCGACUACGCUGUUGUUGGUUUGAGACUUAAAGGAUCAUCUGAUCCAAAUGACCACAUCGUCUAUUGGUAUUAGAGAUGCAGAUAGUUUCGGUUUUAUUUGUCCAGGUUUUGAGAUUGCGGUCUGUCCACCCCAAGCUAAAGGAGGUAAGUGUCUUUUUGCUAUGGUAAAAAUAUCCUGGUUACUUUGAAUUAAUCAUAGUCCUUACAGAAAGUGCUGACAGCAUGUUGUCUGUAACUGGCAUUUUCCAUUUUUUAAUGCUUUGAUUUACACAAACUAAAUCAUAUUUCCCUCCAUUUAUUGGGAUGGAGGCAGACAUAUCAUAACCUGGGCAAAUAAAACCAAAACAAUCGGCAUGGGUGAGUGUUGUAGAGUGCUUUGAGCGGUCAGACCAGAAAAGUACUGUUUAAUAAGUCUA